GUGAUGGAGGAUUUGGGGGUAAGCCCUGACAUUGAGUUAUCAAGUUACCCUUCACAAUUUAAAAUAUCUGUCUUUUGUCAUAGGGCUCAAUGAGUUUACAAAAAGUCAUGUAUUAUUUUUGUCUUCCAGGUGGAAACAAGCUGAAGCCGCAGCCAUUCCGGCUCAACUGGUCGUGGAUCAGCCUGGAGAAGGAGUACUAUCUGGUGGAUGAGGACGCCAAAUUCCUGGAGGUGACGCUCAGACGCAGGGGAUACCUGGGAGAGACAUCCUUUGUCAGCAUCACCACCAAGGAUGGCACUGCGGAGAAGGACAAGGACUUCCGGGGCAAGGCCCAGAAGCAGGUCCAGUUCAACCCAGGCCAGACAGUGGCCACUUGGAGGGUAAAGAUCUUCACGGACCAGGAGUUUGAGACCAGCGAGACCUUUGAGAUCCAGCUGUCGGAGCCUGUCAUGGCCGUGCUGGAGUACCCGAUACAGCCACUGUGGAGAUAG